CGACAACUAGUCCAGCGUUCAUUAGACGCUGCCGUCGUCCGCACGGAACACGCGAGGAUAUGCAAACGGAACUACUCUCGUCUUCAAUCAGCCGUGAAGUCAAGGACACCGAGUCAUCGAGACUGGAAAACGCCAGCGUCGCACCCAAGGCCCAAACCGCUCUCGUGGCCGGACUCUGAUUCGGCAGCCGGUCCAUCAAGAUGUCAGCCUCUAGCGCCUCCCACAUUCUUGCGCAAGAAUGCGGACGCAGGAAUGACGAGCGAAUCGACCUCGCAAGGAGGCGAGGUCGACUUCGACGCCUCCAUUUCGGAGGAGGACCUGAAAGAAGAACUUCCAGACGCUAAGCUUGGUCCUGUUCCGUCCUCUUCUCGCAAGUCGCCCCAGGCGUUCAAGAGGGCGCCUCGAGAGCACCUCGCACACCACAUCGCCAUGAAGGAAGCGUUCCCAGAUGGAUGGGCGCCCACUAGAAAGCUUUCUAGAGCGGCUAUGGAUGGAAUCCGAACUCUGCACAAACACGAUCCGGACACAUUCAGCACUCCCGUUCUUGCCGAGAAAUUCAGGAUCAGCCCGGAAGCUGUAAGAAGGAUACUAAAGAGCUCAUGGCAGCCGUCAUCCGCUGAACAGGCGCGGCUUGCGCAACGCGAAGCGCGGCUGAAGCAAGCAAGGAUUGAAGCUAGCAAGGAACGCGAGCGAGAAGAACGACUCAAGUGGAGAAGGAGAGAGCGCCUAACCAUGGUCUAAUCCAUCCAUCCGUGGAUCAGGCAUGGUUCCUAUCCGCGAUCAAUCCAGACACGUUGUCAAUGGGCGUGGAAGUCAAAAGGCUGCGUCCUGCGUAGGUCGCUGUGCUGCUUCUAGCAAGCCCGGAUAGCCAUGCGUCCACUCCGGAUCAUUCAAUACGAUCUUGCUUUCCGGUGUUGCGGCUACGUUUUUUCCCCUGAUAGUUAUCCAUCUUCGGCGGAUGCGCCUUCUCGACGGAGGGAGAUGUUCAUACCCCUUUUAUCAAUGCAUACGUAAGUCUUGUAUA